AUGGCGGGCACCCUGGAGCCGGACCCACCUGUGGAUGCUGGUGGAGAUGAGUGGCCCAAGUGGGGCAACGAGCUCCAGUGCCUCCUGAUCGUCGGGUUUGCCGUGGGCCUGGGCAACCUCUGGAGGUCCCCGUACCUGUGCCAGACCUACGGGGGGGGGGGGGGGGGUGCCUUCCUCAUCCCCUACCUCACUGACGGCCUUCAAGGGCAGCGCUUCCACAUCGAGCUCGCCAUUGGCCAGCGCCUGCACAGGGGCAGCAUUGGGGUGUGGAUGGCCAUCUCGCCCUACCUGGGGGGAGAGGUACGGGACCCGAGCAACACCGUCCAGGCCUGUGACAUACCUGGAGGCUGCAGGCCAUCGGAAAGCCCCACCUGGAAGCAGCCUGAGGCUGGUGGAGAGCCAAACGUGGCCCAGCCCAGAGAGCACCACGUGGCCGGGAAGAUGGCGGGGCUCGGCGGCUUCAUCACAUCUGUCCCGGUCAGCAGGCACUGCGACCCGGUCCUGGUCUGGGUGCUGUGGCACCUCCCCAGCUCCUCCCAACCCGAUGACUGGUUAAGGAGGGUGAGGGACAGGCUGCUGCGCUCCCUGAACUCAGGCUUUAGGUGGAGACGCCAGCCAAGGGCGUCAUCUGGGGACACCUCCCAGAUGCGGGAAACAGUCAUGGUUUUCAAGUUCGCUCGCUUUGUGCAGGAAUGCCGGGACGGCAGCGCUGUGAGCCACCCCCGGUACCGGCAGACACUGAACAUCACGGCCGACAUCAAUGACGGUGGCUCUGUCCAGUGGUGGCUGCCGGUCUGCUUAAUGGCCUCCUGGGCCACGGUGUACCUGUGUGUCAUCAGAGGCAUUGAGACCCCCGGGAAGGCAAUUUAUUUCAUGGCCUUGUUCCCCUACCUGCUUCUUGUUUUCCUCAUCAGAGGACUCACCCUGCCUGGGGCGACCGAAGGACGGACCUACCUAUUCAUGCCCGACCUGCAGGUCCUGCAGCGCCCCCGGGUGUGGCUGGAUGCAACCACACAGAUACUCUUUUCUCUGUCCCUGGCCUUCGUAGGACACAUCGCUUUUGCAGGUUACUACCCGCCCAGGAACAACUGUAAGAGGGACGCGGUGACCAUCGCCCUGGUCAACGGCAUGACCUCCCUCUGUGCAUCCAUCACUGUCUUCUCUGUCCUGGGGGUCAAGGCGGCCAGUGACCACGGGCACUGACUGGACGGAGACAUCCUCUGCCACGUCAACGCCUUCCAUCUCCCCGACGAGAGCAGCUCCAGGGAGGACUACGCGGCUGCCCUCGCGCACCCUGACUCCACCCAGCCCGAUGGUGGCGGGCUCCCCCUGGAGGCCUGCUGCCUGGAGGAUUUCCUGGAUAAGAGCGCCUCGGGCACAGGCCUGGCCUUCGUCUUCACGGAGGCCGCCCUCCACGUGCCGGGGGCCCCCGUAUGGGCCGCGCUCUUCUUCGUGCUGUUCAGCCUGGGCUUGACAUCCACAUUCAGGAACACGGAAAGCGUCAUCACACCACUCCUGGACUUGAGGGUCAUGCCCAGAUGGGUCCCCAAGGAGGCCCUGACGGGGCUGGCCGGCCUGCUCGGCGUCCUCUCGGCCACCUGCUCCACGCUGCGGUCGGGAAACUACUGGCUCGAGAGUGUUGACCGCUACGUCGCUUCCCCGGGCCUGAUCCUCUUUGCGUUCUCCGAGGUGGUUGGUGUCAUUUAUGUUUAUGGGAUGAAACGGUUCUGUGACGACAUAGCGUGGAUGACCGGGUGGCGGCCCGGCCUCUACUGGCAGGUGACCUGGAAGGCUGUCAGCCCCCUGCUGCUGUUGACCAGCUUUGUGGCCUACGUUGCCCUCCUGGCCAGCUCACCCCCGGGCUACAAGGCCUGGAACCCCCAACACUUCCCCUCGGGGCAGGAGAAGCCCCGCCCAGGCUGGGUGCGGGCCACCUGCGUGCUCCUGUCCUUCCGGUCUGAACUGAGGGUCCUGGUGGUCGCGCUGGCCCCGCUGCUCACCCGGUGCAGACAGAAGCAGCAGGACAGGCGUCCGAAGCUGCAGGGCGGAGGGGCCGGCUGA